AUGCACGCGCUCCCGCCCACGAUGCUGAUCCUCCUCUUCCUCGCCCUCACCUCCACAUGCGCAUCCACGCCCGCGCCGCCGCUGCUCGGCUCCGACUACGCCAUCUCCCUGAUGCCACGGCACACGCUGUUCUACCGCCAGACGGCAGAUCUGCAGACCUUCACCGCCGCGCUGGGAGGCGUGCGCGCAUCCCCCAUCACUAAGAGCGGGAUCCCGGACCGCCCCUUCUCCGUGGGCGGCAACUCGUUUCCGGACUUUGCGUCCGCCGCGCAGAGGAGCUGCGAUGAGCAGUUCCAGGGGUGUCAGCAGCUGGCGAACGCAAAGGGUGGCGGCGGCGGUGGGGGUGCCAAGGAUAAGGACAAGGGGAAUGGGAAGCAGGAGGGGAAGAAGGGGGCCAAUGGGGAUGUCACGGUUGACAUGUGCGGGGCGCAGAAAGAUAAAUGUAGUCAGGCACAGCAGACGGCGACGGUAAAGGACUUCAAGACGCCGGUUGCCAGCAUGAAUAUCGGGCCUGAUCCGCUAUUUCCGGAUUAUGAUUUGAUCUGUGAAGGGUAG